GGAAUUUCGUAUGGAAGAAAUUCCCGUCGGAAUUUUUCCAGGAGUUUUUUUUUCGCGCCCAGAGCUGCGCCUGAUGGUACGUGACUCGAGUUGCAGGCUCGAUUGCGGCGAAGAGACGUUAAAAAGUUGACCGAUUUUUCCAUCGCGAUCGAAUCCGUUUCUGGAUUCCUGAUAACCUUUUUGGAAAAUUCAUAAUUCUCGAAAAAUGAGUCGAGAAAAGUAAAGAGAAGGGAAAGAGUCCUUUUGAAAAUCGAGGACCAGCUGCGCGAAAAUGAAAAACUUUCGUACGAAAGAGGGUGCAAUGGCGUGAAAAAAGCAGACGACAAUUGAAGGACAAAAUUGAAAAAUUCCGUUGAAACUUUACACGUACGUACAGCGUAUAUUUUUUUUUCGUCCACACGUAAAAUCUGGGUAAAUUUCAAGCAGGAUGGUCAAAAACGAUAUAAAAGUAUUCGCGCGGCUGAAGCCGGAAGCGAGGGAAAAAAAUAUUGUGAACUACCAGAUACAUCGUCGACCAAAAAAAAACGUCGAGGAAGAUUAUCUGGUUUUGACCGGUCAUCAGAAAUCCACUAACGAGUACAUCAAUAAUCGACCGGAAUCUUGGAACUUUGCGUUUCACAAAAUUUUCGACGUCGACGUCAAGCAGGAUGAUAUUUUCGAAAAAGUUGCACGACCGAUCGUACAGAGCGUUCUCAACGGAUACAACGCGACGAUAUUCGCAUACGGUCAGACCGGUAGUGGUAAAACAUUCUCGAUAACGGGUGAUACGGAACUUUACGACGAGCGAGGCGUUUUGCCGAGAACGAUUCAGUACCUUUUCCAGACCAUUAAAAAGAAUCCAGAGAACUUGUACUCCGUAGAAAUUGCCUAUCUUGAGAUAUACAACGAAAACGGCUACGAUCUAUUAGAUCCGAAACACGAGGUCGUCACGAAACUGGAAGACCUACCUCGCGUAACCAUUCAGGAGGACGAAACCGGUAGACUUCAUUUGAAAAAUCUUUGCUUUCGGUGUGUCGAGAACGAAAAGGAAGCGCUGGAUUUGCUGUUUCUGGGUGACACCAACAGAGCGAUAUCCGAGACGCCGAUGAACCCGCAAUCGUCCCGAUCACAUUGUAUAUUUACGAUCGCCGUAUCCGUCAAACAAUCCGGAGCUCAGCACCUCAGCAAAGCGAAAAUGCAUCUGGUCGAUCUCGCCGGAUCAGAACGAGUCUACAAAUGCUGUAUUUCCGGCAGCAUUUUGACCGAGGCGAAGCAUAUAAACUUGAGCUUACACUACCUGGAACAGGUGAUCGUCUGUCUUGGUCAGCAGAAUGUGAACCACAUACCUUACAGAAAUUCCCUACUAACGGCUAUCCUGAGGGAUAGUCUUGGCGGCAACUGCCUCACCACUAUGCUAGCCACGUUGAGCCUGAAUACGUCGAAUUUAGAGGAAACUAUCUCAACGUGUAGAUUCUCCCAGAGAGUCGCGCUUAUUAAAAACGACGUAAAUCUUGUACUCGAAAGGAACCCGGAAGACGAGAAUAAAUUUUUAAAAAUUGAAGUUCAAAGACUCAAGAACCAGAUUGCCCAGCUGACAAAACGGCCGAUAAGCGAGGAACUCACGCAGGUGGAAAAGCAGGAUUUGGAUCUACAGGUCCUGAAUUUUGUGAAAUCGGGAGAACCGAUUGAAUUGGUUAGCGGUGAUGAUAGAAAAAUGAAAUAUUGUCUGGAAAUCUUACAAGAUAAAUUCAAAACUCGAAACGGUGAAGAGCAUAACUUUUCCCGAGAUAUUAAGGACUUGAAUUAUUAUCGAAAUCUGAUCGUUCAACGAGACAAAGAAAUUUCCGUUCUUAUCGACAUGCUGAAAGUAGCCAGAAAAAAUUCCUCCGAGAAGUCAAAAAACGUACAAGAAAACGGGGAGUCUCUUUCGUCCGAAAACUCCGGCGAUCGGGAUAAGGAUAAAAUCAGCCCAAGGAUAUUGGUGAUAGCGAAACGGAUGCGUCUCAGAGAAAUAAUAACGAAGGCUAGGUCGAUCGCGGAUUUGAUAAGGAAGGGCAAGGCCUCGAUCGGUGAGAACAAAGCCAAUAAACUCGCGAGGGAUAACGAGGGUGGCAAAAAUCUUUCAAAGAUUUAUUUCAGAAGAAAAGAUUUUCUAUUCUCUGUUCCACCAGCUCUCGAUCUUCGCGGUUCGCGUUUGGUUGCAGGCGAUCUGAGAACGCGGAUCGGCGAGGGAGCGCCCCUACCGACCGGAGCCGCCGAUAUUCGAUUGCUGCGCGAAAAUUUACGCGACGAACAAUCGAGAUUAGCCAAUAAUCUAGCUCUGCUCAAGAUUCUUAAAUCAGAAGCUACCGAGUUGAAAAGCGAACUGUCGAGGGAGGGAUCGAGCGAUCUUCCGGACGACGGUACCGAGGGCCUCGAAACUGCUCGGAAUCUAGCGGCGAACGUACCACCAAAUGCCGAAGUUGGAUUCGCGAAUACGGCGGACAAAAAUUGUAAUCCGCAGUUGUCGGAAUGGAAUCAACCGGCUCUUGGGAAGGAUAUCGAUCCCGAAACUCGUCGCAUAAAUUCCGGCGAUUCGCGAACGGUGGAUAAUUUCACGGGCGAGAUCAUCGCCGUAUCCGAAACUCCUCUCGGUGGAGAAAGUAGCGAAUCUAGCUCGGGGGCCUCGACGCUCGACGCGAAAAACGCGCGCCCGACGAACGGCGGCGAAAUAAAUGUCGAAAAAGAAUCGGACGAUCUUACAGGCGAUCGGCCGAGAGAGUCGACACCGGUCGUUCCCGGUGAUAAUGAACGAUCGAAGAAAAUCGGGGGGAGCCAAACUGCGCUUGACGAGGACGAUGAGUUCAUGAAAUCCUUACCGCUCACGGGCGAUCCGGAAAUAGACGAAGAAAUCAUCGCCUUUUACCGGGCAAAGAGGUCCGGCGGAACUUAUUGAACAUUGCUCCUUUUUAUUCAUUUAUUC